AGACCACUUGCUAAUAGUGCAGUGUGUGCAAUACAAUAUGUCAAGAGAAGGACCUGUUCUUCUUGCUACCCCAACCCCUUUGAUACCAUUCCCUACUGGUAGAUCUACUCCUUCCCCACUGAGAGUGACAAGCAAGGAGAGGAGAGGUCACUCUGCACACACUACACGCUCACAGACUCCAGGAUUGAGCCACAAUCUUGCCAGUACUAGCAGUACUAGUGAUGCCACUGCUACUAAGAGAGAGCCAGUGGAUCUACCAAAAAGAAAGAGAGCCCAGUCAGCAGUAGAAGCUAGACAAGUGGUUAGUUUGUCUUUGGCUGAAACUCCAUACGGCAGCAAAGUAUGGGGUGAGACUAGUUAUAGUGCAGACUAUAAAAGGAAGAAACCAGUUCCACUCCCUAAAGUUAGGCCAUCAUCAGCAACCAGGAUGCACAACCCUCAUCCAUCAAAAAUGUUCCUUCAGUGGAGGAUACCAACAAGAAUACAUAAGCACGACAGAGCAGUAGCACCUACUGAGGAGAUGUUAAGAGACAUACAUGAAGAUUUUUAUAAAGAUUAUUCAAGCAAUAUUAGACCUGGUGAUGAUAAGUGUGAAGUACCAAUAACAAAUGUUGCUAAAAUCCCUUUUCCUGGAAAUAAAAAGAAUUUUGGGUUGGAGUUGUCAGGAAAAAGUAUGAAACUGACAACAAGAGAUAGCAGGUCUAGUACAAGCAGUUUGGCAAGGGACAGCAAUCAGCAUUUAGAGAAGCUAUUGAAACCACCAAGUUAUGCAGCAGUAAAGCAUUGGAUCAAACAAGCAAAUCCAAGAGAAAAGGAAGUGUUUGAUAAAAUGCUUAGUGCAACACGAACAGAGGAUUAUGAAACAAAAAAGGCUUUAUCACAAGUAUUCAACCCCAGCUCUACACCAUUUAUACAGGAAUGGCUCACAACUAUUGAUACUGAAGAUCGGACUGUAGCAGUAAAUGUGCUACAAAAUUUGGCACGGAUAUCAACCAGCUAUGAAAAACCAUCAGGCAGCCAGCGCUCUCAUGCUAAAAUAUGCAAAGCUCGUACAUGGCCAAAGCAAAAAAGAUCUGCCCCAUCAAUACAUAGUAGUCCAUUGGAGCUAGGAGUUCAAGGUAUAGCAGUAAUGAGACCAUACUCAGCAGACAAGUGCUCCCAGUGUAGCUCCAGUGGAACAGGAUCAUCAUAUAGACAUGUACUCAAGUGUGAGUGUAAAGUGUGGAAGCCAGAAGCUCCAGAGGUAGUACUGUGGAAUCAUCGUAUUAAGCCUCCACAGAAAUCAAAGCCACUUAUGGGUGGUGGGUCUGUUUUUAGCAAACCUCAUCAACCAAGAGGACAACAUUUUGCUCUCCAUCCUGAAUGGCCAACUGCUUAAAUUAUCAUUAUGACAAAAAACUGACACUAAAUAUUAAAAUAUGGCUAUUAUAAUUAACAUGCAUAAUAGUAGUAAAGGUAUAUGUCAUUGCUUGUUUGUGCAUUUUAAGUUAUUAGUAUAUUAAUGUUUUUCAUGUGUAAUGUA